CUUGGAUGACGGAUGUUUCAGUUAAUUGCGGAUGUCCAUGACCAAUUCCAGCGUAUUUCUGCUUAAAGAGGGUUCAGCCGAUUCCUGCGCGAGACGCCCCUGGGAUUCCGACCUGUCCCUGGAGGAGGACCAGGAGGCGUCUCGGCGUGAAGCCGAGCGCCAGGCUCAGCUGCAGCUGGAGAGAGCCAAGACGAAACCCGUGGCGUUCGCGGUGAAGACCAACGUGAGCUACUGCGGCGCCCUCGAUGAGGACUGCCCGGUCCAGGGGUCCGCCAUUAACUUUGAAACCAAAGACUUUCUACACAUAAAAGAGAAGUACAACAAUGACUGGUGGAUCGGACGGCUUGUGAAGGAAGGGGCUGACAUCACCUUCAUCCCCAGCCCGGUGAAGCUGGAAGCCAUGCGCAUCAAGCAGGAGCAGAAGCAGGCCGCCAGGAAGGCAGGCAACGCUGCAUCUGGAGGUUGGCGGUCCACCCCGCCAUCUGCAGCCAAACAGAAGCAGAAGCAGACGGAGAUCGUGCCACCCUACGAUGUUGUUCCAUCCAUGCGACCGGUGGUGCUGGUGGGUCCCUCCCUGAAAGGCUAUGAGGUAACCGACAUGAUGCAGAAAGCGCUGUUCGACUUCCUCAAACACCGGUUCGAUGGCAGGAUCUCCAUCACCCGGGUGACUGCCGAUCUGUCCCUGGCCAAGCGCUCCAUCCUCAACAAAAAGGCCAUCAUGGAGCGCUCCAACACACGCUCCAGCAUCGCUGAGGUCCAGAGUGAGAUUGAGAGGAUCUUUGAGCUGGCCAAGACCCUCCAGCUGGUGGUCCUGGACGCAGACACCAUCAACCACCCAUCCCAGCUCCUCAAGACCUCCCUGGCCCCCAUCAUCGUGUACGUCAAGGUCUCUUCGCCAAAGGUCCUCCAGAGGCUGGUGAAGUCUCGGGGGAAAUCGCAGAGCAAACACCUAAACGUCCAGAUGAUGGCCGGGGACAAGCUGGCUCAGUGCCCCCCCGAGAUGUUUGAUGUCAUCCUGGAUGAGAACCAGCUGGAGGAUGCGUGUGAACACCUGGCUGAGUACUUAGACAUAUAUUGGCGGGCCACUCACCUCCCUGGUUCCGCCCCCCUCAACCCCCUAUUGGACCAGAGCGUGGUGACCCCGCCCUCAGCCAACUCCAGCCAACAGUUUUCUGAGACACAAGAGUUAAUAGAAUGAUCCAUUCCAGAAGGACAGGUGCAGCCUGAGCUGUGACUGAGAUCCUGAGCAGCAGAACAAACCGUAGAGCGCAGUGACCGGGGGGGACCACCAGAGGGCAGCAGCUCCCCUUCGUCUCUCCAAAGCCAGCAGCCACCACCUCCCCCAGGCAAACCCUUCUCUGGCCCCGUAAGACACAGGGGCACCUGGGCCGGAGACAGUGGGGCAGUGAACUGUCUCCGGGUUCCCAGACGACGUGAGGAUAAGGAUGAGGAUGAUGAUGAUAACGAUGAGGAGGAUGAG